UAGCUUCCCGGAGUGACAUGCAGGAAGCAACUGCGCGCUGCAUCUGAAGAAGAAACACGGAAGUGCGCGGAGCCGCGAAUCUGCUUCGGGCUGAGCUCGGAAGGGGCUGCUCCUCCAACAUGGCCGACCUCUGGCAGAAAGCCAUGGAUCAUGCUGUCACCAUCGCACGGAGGGCUGGAGAGGUGGUGCGUGAGGCUCUGUGUGAUGACAGGAAGGUGAUGACAAAGAGUUCCUCGGUCGACUUGGUGACACAAACUGACCAGAAGGUGGAGCAACUCAUCAUCCAAUCAGUGAAGGAGAAAUUCCCCACACACAGGUUCAUAGGGGAGGAGUCAGUGGCUGCAGGUGAAGCUUGUGACCUCACAGACACUCCCACCUGGAUCAUUGAUCCCAUCGAUGGGACCACCAACUUUGUUCAUGCAUUUCCUUUUGUUGCCGUUUCCAUUGGAUUCUCUGUCAACAAACAGAUGGAGUUUGGGGUGGUCUACAGCUGUCUUGAAGAUAAGAUGUUCACAGCAAGGAGGGGCAAAGGAGCAUUUUGUAACGGAGAGCCGCUACAGGUGUCUGAUCAGCAGGACAUCAACCAGUCAAUCAUUGCCACAGAGUUUGGAUUCCACAGAGAUCCCGAAACUGUCGACAAAAUCUUCUCCAGUCUGAGAAACAUCCUCUGCAUCCCCGUACAUGGAGUGCGCAGUGCAGGAAGUGCAGCAAUUAACAUGUGUCUCGUGGCAUCCGGCUGUGUCGACGCAUAUUAUGAGAUCGGGAUCCACAUUUGGGACAUUGCUGCUGGCUCACUGAUAGUCUCCGAAGCCGGAGGAGUCCUGAUGGACGUGGAGGGAGGUGUGGUGGACCUGUUGUCCCGCAGAAUCGUCGCUGCCAACAGCAGAACCAUUGCUGAGAGGGUCGUUAAAGAAAUCAGCUCCUUCGGUCUGCCCAGAGAUGACGCUCUACCACCGAGCCAGUGAAGACCUGCAGUGCAUUGUGGGUUAA